UAGUUAGUAGAAUCUAAACUUAAGUCACAAGAUGGCAGCAGUGGUUGAUAACCCGGCUUCUGAACUGGAUAAAUUUUCCAAACCUGAGGAGGGGGAGGAAAAAGAACAGCCGGAACAGCAAAUUGAGGGGGAACAAACUAAAAAGAAGAAAAAAAAGAAAAAGAAGAAGAAAAAUACGGAGAGCCCUGUGAAUGGUGAAGCUGGUGAAGAAUUAUCUUGCCCUGUAUCUGAUAUUGUUGGACAAAUGAAUGAGAAUACCAUUGCAGAUGGUGGAGCUGGAGAUGACGCAGUGGGAGAGGAAGGCCCAGAAGAAGGAGGGGGAGGGAAAAAGAAACGUAAACGCAAGAAGAAAAAGGGUCCGAAACAACAAACUGAUCCCCCAACCAUACCAAUCUUCGAUUUGUACAAUCCAAAGAUAUUUCCGAAAGGAGAAGAAGUGGAAUAUCCACCAGAUAAAAACGGGAAAACUUCAGAAUGGCGAACUACAUCAGAAGAGAAAAAGGCUUUAGAUAUUUCAUAUGACGAGAUGUGGAACGACUUCAGACAAGCGGCAGAAGCUCACAGACAGGUUAGGAAGUACGUUCAGGGAUAUAUACAGCCAGGAAUGACUAUGAUAGAUAUCUGCGAGAAAUUAGAAGACGCAUCGAGAAAACUGAUCAAUGAAAAUAAAUUGGAAGCCGGACUUGCUUUUCCGACAGGUUGUUCACUGAAUCACUGCGCCGCUCACUACACCCCUAACGCUGGAGACAAAACUGUUCUGAAAUAUGAUGAUGUUUGUAAAAUUGACUUUGGAACUCAUAUCAAUGGACGGAUUAUCGACUGUGCCUUUACUGUGACCUUUAACCCCAAAUAUGAUAGGUUACUGGAAGCAGUGAAAGCAGCAACAAACACAGGAAUAAAGAACGCAGGCAUCGACGCGAGGCUUUGUGAGAUUGGUGAACUUAUACAGGAGACCAUGGAGUCAUAUGAGGUUGAGUUGGAUGGAAAGACUUACCAAGUAAAAUCGAUUCGUAACCUUAGCGGCCACUCGAUAGGUCCGUAUCAGAUUCACGCAGGUAAAACAGUUCCGAUUGUCCGAGGAGGAGACCAGACAAGAAUGGAGGAGGGCGAAGUAUUUGCCAUCGAAACUUUUGGAAGUACCGGCCGUGGCGUUGUACAUGAUGAUAUGGAAUGCUCUCACUACAUGAAGAACUUUGAUUUGGCUCAGACACAUGUUCCACUCAGAUUACCAAGAGCAAAGAAGCUGUUGCAUAUAAUCGGUGAAAACUUCGGUACGUUGGCGUUUUGUCGUCGUUGGAUCGACCGUCUCGGAGAAACGAAGUAUUUGAUGGCAUUGAAAAAUUUGUGCGAUUCUGGAGUCGUUGAUCCGUAUCCUCCCCUUUGUGACAUCAAAGGUUGCUACACAGCGCAGUUUGAGCACACGAUUCUUCUCCGUCCGAAUUGCAAAGAAGUUGUCAGCCGAGGGGACGAUUAUUAGCGUUUCAUUUUUUUUCACGGACUAAUUUGUUCAUGAGAGUCUAUGGAUCUGUAAUAGAGAUGUACUGCCAAAUUUGGAUUAUUUUUGUGGCGUUUUUUCUACCCCAAUCAGCUGAAAAGUAGACUUUACCAUUAAAAUUUCGGCGAUCUAUUAUAGAGGUAACUCAUUUUGUUCGCCUAUGUUACAUCAAGUUGUGUAAAGGGACUGAAACCUAUGGGCAAGGGGAUAUAUUCACUUGGCUAACACAGACAGUCCCGAAUUCGUAAUAGAGAACUGAAACAAGGAAAAUCAGAAUAAAAUUAAUGCAAUAUAGCAUAGGAGCACCCAGUAUUUACAGAGAAAUCAAUUGUUUAGGACUUUUUCAUUUUGACAUGACAUAUUUAAAUACCUUCUUAUGCUGUUUUCACAUAUUGGCUUCAGUGACACUUGUCCAUAUCUUUUGUUCAGAGUGAGGUUGGCUAAAAUUAUGAAAUCAGUACAUCUCUGAAAUAUCUCUGUUCCAUGGAUGAUCAUGAACAAAUCAUUCAUUUUUGGAUCGUUUGGUAAUUGUGAAUAUUUUUAGCGAUAAGUUCAUCCAUGUGUGACUUAGCAGCACCUUUUCUGCAUGAUUGAACAUGCAGCUUCAUUUGAUUCUGUAAAUUUUUGAAAUGUACAGCACGUAGUUUUGAUUUUAUUUGAAUUAUUGCGGAAUUCACACACACCUUUUUUCAUUUUUAAACCGAAAAAAGUUUUCAAAAAAAAAUCUCCAGUUAUAAAAAAUGUAUACUGCCAGUAGAGUUAUGUUUAUGAUUUAGAACACAAAAGUCCCGGCAUUAAAAAUAAAUUAAUUAAUUUCAGAAUCGUGGUUAUUGUUUACACUUCUUCAAGUUGACAUAGUUGACAUGAAAAUACGUCAAAUUGAUCAUGUUGUUACCGAGUUGCUGCAUUUCACGAAUAGAAUAAUGUAUUAGUCUAAAAUGUUAGAAGAUGGUGGUUCCCAAGC